CCACCGUCUUUCCCGGUUAGCCCGUCCGCUGAAAAAAAAUUCCUCUUCAAAAAUUUCAUACACGGAAACAAGAAAAACGAUAUCCCGAUAUAGAAGCAAACUUAAUUCCCACGCGCCACCGCACGCUUCGAAUCUUCUAGAAACAUGGAGCAGCAGCCCAAGGCGGAGACUGAGCAGAAGUCCGAAUCUAGGGACCAUGAUUCGAAGCCGAGCUCCCUACCCGAUCCAGCAGGCGGAGAUAAUCAUAAUCAUCAUGUACCAAAUGGAGACGCCAAUAAGGGCAGUGUCGAGACGGGAUCGGAUUCUGCGACGCAGGGUGAGGGUGAUCAACCCCAAGCUCCUGUUCGUACGGGGUCCGCGAGAAAAUCGGUCCACUGGAGCCCCGAAUUGGUGACCGAAUCUCGUGCUUCUCAAAACAACAGUGGCAAUGGCAACGUUUUCUUGGACGGAUCCAAUCCUUACGUUUCUUCAUCUCCUGCGCAGUUCACUUCGUCAUUUUCCUUCAAAGAAACGAUGGGAACAGUGAGGGAUGCCAUAGGAAGAUGGAGAAGAAAGGUGGGAGAAGCUACCAGGAAGGCUGAGGAUCUCGCUGGGAACACAUGGCAGCACUUGAAGACAUCACCCAGCUUUACAGAUGCUGCAUUGGGAAGAAUUGCUCAGGGAACAAAGGUCCUAGCAGAAGGUGGUUAUGAGAAGAUCUUUCGACAGACAUUUGAAACAGUUCCUGAGGAGCAACUCCAAAACUCAUAUGCAUGUUAUUUGUCAACAUCAGCUGGCCCAGUUAUGGGGAUUUUAUAUGUAUCUACAGCCAAGCUUGCAUUUUGUAGUGACAAUCCCCUUUCAUAUAAAUCGGGUGACCAAACCGAAUGGAGCUAUUAUAAGGUGGUUAUCCCAUUGCAUCAGCUUAAAGCUGUCAAUCCUUCAUCAAGCAGAACAAAUUCUGCUGAGAAAUACAUUCAGAUUAUUUCUGUUGAUAAUCAUGAAUUUUGGUUCAUGGGCUUCUUAAACUACGAUGGUGCUGUGCAAUGUCUGCAGGACGCUUUGCAGUCCCAUGAUCUACCGUCUGUGUGAUACUAGACAACUACGAGUCUGUUUGGGUCAAACUUUUGCCAUCAUAUGAUCUUUAUAAGCAGAAGUUUUCAACCUGUACUGCCCAGUGGUAAUGUGAUAACAGCGAAUGUUGCAACUCUUUGGAAAAUUUCCUUGGAUUCCUCUGGGAAUAAAAUUAGGUAAUCGUAGAGUUCACAAACACUUUUGGAUCAGCAACUAGAAAUAUAUAUAUAUAUAUAUCAAAUAUUCUUUUUCUUUUUCUUAGUCCAAGGUUGUAAUUUUUGCACGAUGCAACUCAUUUGGAAACUUCUUUUGCUAUGAAUCUAUUGAUCAGUUGGAGGUCA